GGAGUCUAGGUCAAACCCAGCGUUCCUACUGGGAGCACUUCGCAAGAUUUCUCGCUCCAGAGAGAGAAAGAGAGAGGAGAGAGAGAGAGAGAAACGAAGCCCCAAAUCGGUUUCGAAUCGAGCAGUGAUCUCGCGACUGAGCUGAUCUGAAAAGAAGAAACUUCCUUCCAAAUUUCCAAUGGCUCCAGUUGCCCCCAGAUCUGGAGACGCCAUUUUCGCCAGCGUCGAGCGCGUGAAUUCUGAGCUCUUCACCCUAACCUAUGGAGCCAUCGUGCGUCAACUGCUCACGGAUCUGGAGGAGGUCGAUGAAGUCAACAAACAGCUUGAUCAAAUGGGUUAUAAUAUUGGAGUGCGGCUAGUUGAUGAGUUCUUAGCUAAGUCCAACGUCUCCAGAUGUGUUGACUUCAAGGAAACUACUGAAGUAAUUGCAAAGGUUGGUUUCAAAAUGUUUCUAGGGGUCACUGCAUCUGUGACCAAUUGGGAUGCUGAUGGAACCAGUUGCAGUCUUAUUUUGGAGGAUAACCCACUAGUAGACUUUGUUGAGCUUCCUGACACAUGUCAAGGUCUAUAUUAUUGCAACAUAAUAAGUGGAGUUAUCAGAGGAGCUCUGGAGAUGGUGUCAAUGAAGACUGAAGUCUCGUGGAUACGUGAUAUGCUUCGAGGGGAUGAUGUGUUUGAGUUGCACGUGAAACUUCUGAAGCAAGUUCCUGAGGAAUAUCCAUACAAGGAUGAUGAGUAACACGCUACAUCGACUCUCAGUAUCUUGUAUAUUGAAUUAUGGUUUUCAGGCCUUUCUUUUGUUUUCUAUUUGAACGUUUCUGCAUGCUUUGAUUUGCUCUAGUUUUGUAACUCUUAUCAUUUGCUUUUAUCGGUUAACUUGAAGCAUCUUAUGGAAUUUUGAUAAGAUCAUUGUAUCAGUCCUUUUCAUGGUGAUUUUGAUUACAGGACACUGUUGCUCA